AAAAUGUGAUUUGUUUAUCUUCUUGAUUUGUUUGCAUGGCAGUAUUCGCAUGACUUCUACUGGAAUGCGCUAAUUUUCGUGGCCUGUGAACUAUAGCAAUAACAAAAAAUGAUUAAAGCGAUUUUAGUAUUUAAUAAUCAUGGCAAACCGCGGCUUUCUAAAUUUUAUCAGUACUAUCCUGAAGAUAUGCAACAACAGAUUAUACGAGAGACAUUCCAGUUAGUGAGCAAAAGAGAUGACAAUGUAUGUAACUUUUUAGAAGGUGGAAGUUUAAUAGGUGGAUCUGAUUAUAAAUUGAUAUAUCGACAUUAUGCCACUUUGUACUUUGUCUUUUGUGUAGAUUCAUCUGAAAGUGAACUUGGGAUAUUAGAUUUAAUUCAGGUAUUUGUGGAGACAUUGGAUAAGUGUUUUGAAAAUGUAUGUGAAUUAGAUUUAAUUUUCCAUGUGGACAAGGUGCAUUAUAUUCUUAAUGAACUAGUCAUGGGUGGCAUGGUAUUAGAAACAAACAUGACAGAAAUAAUAACAAGGGUUGAAGAACAGAACAAGCUUGAGAAACAGGAGGCUGGCCUAUCUGCUGCUCCAGCUAGGGCUGUUUCUGCUGUAAAAAAUAUGAAUAUUCCUCAGCAAAUCAAAGACAUGAAAUUACCUGAUCUUCCUUCAAUUAGUACAUUGAAAUUUUAAAUGAGCUUCUGUACAUUUUUAUCAUUUGUACUAUAAAUAUUAAUUAUCAUUAUAGAUUCUAAAUGUGUAUAGGUUUUGUUAUUUUGACCAAGGCUUUGUUUCAUUAGACAUAAAUGUCUGCAGCUGUCUUUUUGAAAUUCUUUGUUUGUUCUGCUAAUAAUUUAAGCAAUUAUAUAUUUAUUUUCUUUUGUUCUUUCUCUUUCAAAUCUCAUGACUGUUUUAGGUUACAAAUUAUAAAUAAAAUCUAUUAUUUAAUAUCUUGUUUCAUUUUGAAUUGGAAGAUUUCUUUGUUGUUGAUGAUGAUGUUUGCUGUUAGCAUGACAUUACAUGAUUUGAUUUGUUAGUAAUAUUUAAAUAUCAUACAAAAUAAAUAUAAUGUUUUAAAUUUUAAAGCAAAAUUUUUAAAGGUGUGCCAUUUAUAUAAAACAGAAGUAUGAAAUAAAAUAUUUUUAUGAAUAAGUUUUUUUUGUCAAAUAAUAGUUUUAUAUAUUUUUUUUAAUCUGUGAGUUUAAUUAUUUUUAUAAAUAUUUUUAAAAAAUAUUCCCUGCCUCUCUCUUUUUUCACUUUUCUCCAACUUUUUUUUUUCUUUUAAUUUUUAAUAAAAUUUGUUUAAAAAAUAAAAAUCCUGGAUAAUUUUACUGGAAAGUAAUUCUAUCUGUAAAGUAGAAUCUUUAAUAAUGAUUUGUUGAUUAUUAAAGUGUGUUUUAUAAUAUUUUUUUAUAUUCUGUAUAUUAUGAAAUCAUAUAUGUAUUAUGUAUAUUAUGAAAUCAGUCAUUGCACAAUUUGAAGAUUGUAUAAUUGAGUAAUCUAAUAUUUUAUCAUCUGACAGAAAACUUCUGCUGGACACCUUUUAAAUGGCUUUCUGAAAUUAUAAUUGUUGGUGACAAAUUGUGCUGCAUAGAAAUGUGUAUAUAUAUAUAUAUGUAAGAUAUUCUUCUAUGCAUUGGAACAUUACACAUAUAUGUGUGUAUAUAUAUAUAUAUAUAUACAUAAACACACACACAAUUGAAUCUGCCUCUGAAUUCAUUUCUGAUAGAAUUAUUGAAAUGAAUUUAUAUUGCAUUGUAACUUGUGUGUUUUGCAUGCGCUUUAUUAAUAUAAGUUUAGAAUAGCAUCUUUAUUUUAAAUUCUUUUUUUAUUACACCUGAAAUGUGGUAUAGAAUAAUAAAUAUUAAAAUUUUUAAAAGUCAAAAGCACCUGUCCCCAAAAUUGAUGUAGAUAUGCAUGCAUAAUUUACUAAUAUUAUCUUUCAGAAUUAAUUACAACUGAGAUUAUUUUUUAAAUGGCUGCAGAUAGUUUGUUGUUGCUGUUGUAUUUGAAUAAUCUAAGUUCCUACUAUUUUAGUGUUUGCAAUUUUCUUCUACGACAAUUGCAGUUUCUCUUAUGUUUUUGCAUUUGCUUUUUCUGCUUCAUCAUUUAAAAUGAAAAUCACAUUACAUGACAUAUAUCAUGAGGUAAUUUUGUAAUUAAGACCAUUUUUAUACCUUAAAAUUUGAAUCUCAUAAUAUUCCCACCCCCAAAAAAUGUAUCUCAGAUUUGAUCCUGAGCUGAUAAUUCAUUAGAAACUUAACAUUUUAAAGUUAAAGAUUAAAUUGCUUCUUGAUUCAUUAAUUAUUAACAAAUUAAUUUUAAGAUAUUGUAUGCAGGUCAAACAUGAGACAUAAAAGAUAUUUUAUUUUUCUGUAUUAUUGUAUUUGGUUUUGAUGCAGCUAAGUUAAAAAGUUAAGAUUUUUGACUAAUGAAAGUCUCUGAUAAUCUCUGAUAAUUCUCUGAUUCUCUUGUUGAUAUUGAUAAUUAUGGUAAUUUUGAUCGUAUGUAUAAGCAUAAAUUUUAAAUAAAAGAAUUAUUGUUAAUGUAAAAAAUAUAUUUCUUUAAGUUUUUUAGGCUAAAUAUAAUGUUACAAAUGUUCUAAAAAGCUAUGUAAAUAGCUUCAGUUUUAGAAUUUUAAAGCAGAUACUUAAAUAUGAAUAAAUAAAAUGAGAAAAAAAUGCCUGUUUAAAGAAAUGACAUUUAAAGCUCUGAAACUCUUAAUCUAGAAAUAUAUAAUAAAUGCCUGUUAACUGAACUUCAGUGUCUAUUUUCGUACAUGAAAUUGAAAUGAAAGCAGUCAAAGUUGGGAGCAAAGACUUCCUUUAAUUACACUAAUGAAUCAUGUCAUGAUGAUAAUCUUUUACUUACCAUAUUUGCUUUUGCAUAUCAUUUCUAUUAGUUACAAUCUCUACAAAUAUAAUUGCACUUAUUGAGGUCAUACAGGUUUGUGAUUAGAAGUGCAUAAAAUAUUUUAUAUAACAAAGAGAAAAAACUUCAUAACGUCUCAUAGCUCAGACAUCAGACAUGCAUGUCAUUGGAUAUAAUCCAACUUGUCAAAGGCAUAAAUGUUUUUUAACAAAUUAUUAUUCAAUGUAGACAUUUUGAUGAUAUUCAAAAAGUGAGACUUCCUUCAUUUGAUAUGCAUAUAGAAUUAAUGUAUAGUUAAUAGCUACAUAAUUUUGCUCAGCUGAAAUAAGGUCAGUCAUUUUGAAUAAUACUGUAUUGGAGAAAAUAAUAAUACCAAGCAUUUUCCAUAAUUUAAGUAUAAGAAAAUAAAAGUAUUGAUAAGUAAAGAAGAAACCAAAAAGAAAUAUAACUGGAGAAUAGAAAUUUUGACCGUAUGUAUAAGCAUAAAUUUUAAAUAAAAGAAUUAUUGUAAAUGCUAUGCCAUAGACCUCCUACCUAAGUUGAUAAUUGCUGAAAACUACCAUUAUUUCUGAGAAUAUAAAGAUUGCCAUUGAUAAUUAUAAUAAGGUUUAUAUGAACAGUGUAUUAUAUGGAUGUAAUAUCAAUAUAUUAAACAUUGGUAUUGAUAAUUAUGGUAGAAAUGGUUGUAUUUGAAGCAAUCAUUGCUUAACUUAUCCAGACCAUUAAAUAUGUUAAGACAUACGAUUUUUCAUUAUCAAUUUCUAGUAGAGGGUGUUUAAAAAAAUGUCCUGACAAAUUCAGCUAUUGUCUUGAUGUUGUCUAUGCUUUGUGUAGCUUUGUAUGCAUAGAACACAUAUGAUUAUGGUACAUGAAUAACAUUUAUUUUGUAACUAUUAAACAUUUUCACUAUUAAAUUUAAGUAUUUGAAAAUAGUCAUCCUUUUUUUAAGCACCCCAUACUUUAUGUAAAAUGAGUCAAGUUUUUCUCUGUCUGUUACUAUGAUGCCAAUGCUUUUCUAUUGUAAACAGUUGUUCAUCUUUAAUUCAGAGUGUGUACAAUAUCAUAAAGUUUUAUUCGGGUUAUGAAAUGGCUCUCUAAAUAGUUCAUCACAUUUUUAAACUGUUUAUACUAAUUGUAACAUUUUUUUAUCUGCCCAUUGAAUGCCAUGCAACAAACCUAUGUUCAAGUAAUUGCAAGGCAGUUCAUUUUUGUUUUAAGUUUCUAGCAGUUUGUUGUAGUGAGUCAUAUUUAUAUUUCAGAGUGGCAAUGUCAUGCAUUGAAGCAAAUUACUUUUUAUUUACAGUUUUGUAAAUGAUAAUUAAUUAGCCUAAGAUGAUUACAAAACAAAGAAUAAAAGCAUUAAAGUUUUAAAUGUAAUUAUUACUUACUAAAGAUAAUGCUGGCAGUGAGACUUCAUUCGAUGGAUGUUAAUAAGUUGAGAGUAUUUUGAAAUUAUUAAGCAAUAUUUUUAAUAUAGUUUUUACCCCUUUACAUAUAUUAUUUUCCUUAUUGUUAAAUAUUUCUGUUUAGAAUAUUUCAAAAGAUUGAAUUUUUUAUCUGUAUUAUGUAUUGUCUUUGUAAUUCAUAAUUAUAUUAUACUAUGAUAUUGGCAAUAUGAUAUACUGGACUUCUACUUCAAAUUUUUCAUUAAUGAACUCUAAGAGCUUCGAAUAGAGUAAAUUAAUUAUUCAGAUUCAUAAUUAUCAUCAUUAAUAGUCAUCUUUUUCAAGACGGCUACCUUCAAAGAUGAUUAAAAUCAUCCUAAACUGUGUUUAAUCAUCCUAGAGUGGGUUCACAGAAGUAAACUGUAGUUCCAAUAAAAGUUCACUCCAUUUAAAACUAUUAAAAAGCUUAUGCUGUGCCAUAAUGCCUUAACAUUGAGCAUUACCUAAAUUAUCAGCACAUUAUAAUCACACUUUGGAAAUAUUUAAUUAGUUUUAAUACUUUAAAUUAAAUGUUAAUUAGCACAAUGGAUUUUUGUAUAUCCAUCCAGGUUAAUGUAUUUGUGUAAAUUGUACGAGAAGUGUAUGUAAGCUAUUUCAAGUUGUAAUUGAUAAUUUUAAAAAUGAAAUUAACUUGUAAAUAAAAUCCACUUUUUGAAUCAAUAGUCAUUUUGCUUCCAUUAAAACUUAAGGCAGCGUACUUACUGUAAAUUUGUUUAAUUUUUUCAUAGAAUGGCAUAACUAUUAUCCUUACAUUUAUGUCGUUAGUAUUUUAUGUAUUUUCAAAUGAGCAUGACUCUUGACUUCAAAUUCAUAUUUCAUUUCAUUCAUUUGUCUCUGUCCAUGUGUUUGCUUUAUUUGCUUGACUAGUAUACUUCUGUUUCACUGCAAAUGCAUAGCAGUGCUUUUUGUUAAAAAGAAUACCUUAAUAUCGAUCUUUUCAAAGCUUCUUAGUGUAAGAAGUAGGCUGUAAGCGUGAAGUGUGGUUUCUGUAAAUUUCAGGUAUAUAAUAAAUGUCAAACUAAUAAUUAAUAAAUUAUAAAUAUAUUGCUUUUGGUGUGAAGAUGAGACAGUUGUAGCAUGAAAAAUACAUAAUAUAAUAUUUAUGUGUAAUGUAAUUUUCCUAUAUUAACAUAGCAUAUAUUCAGUGUAUAAAUCAAGGUUUUAGGCUUUAAAAGUGUAAUAAAUUUAUAUGUGGGCUGUAAAAUAUAAUUAAAAAUUUUUUAUUAACCACCUAAUGAUUAUAUUGAAUAAAAGUGAUUCAUCAUUGUAAAAGAAAACGUUGAGUAGAAGAUUUUUUUUUUUUAAUCCUAUGCCAGUCUUCAACAUUUCUGCUAAGUUGAUGAGCAGCCCAAUAAAAUGAUGAGAAUGGAAAAAAGAGAAAGGGUAAAAGUUAGCUUCAAUAGAGUUGUCUGUGAUAAACUUUAAACUCAGUUCUUGAGGUGGUCAUCAUCCAUAUCAUCCUGAUUACACAGAGGGCAACAAACUGAACCCUUAACUCCAGUCCGAUGUAAAAGUGAGUAAAAGAAAAAUAUUUUUAUUUAUAAAAAAUUGAGGAAAAAAAUAUUCUAUGAAAUUUGUAUGAAAGGACAGACCUUCUGAACUGUUGAAAUAUUUCUAAAAUAAAUUUAUGCUUAGUAUUUUUUGAUUGACUUUUCUUUAAAUCAUAAAUGAAGAUUUACUGACACUCGUCAUCAUCUGAGUCAUUUUUAACUCUUGCUGGAGUUGUAUCAUUUAAUCUUUUCUUUUCAUAAAUAACUGAGACCAACUAACAGUAUCCUUCAAAUCCCUUAACUUUCAGACUGUAUUCAGUCCAUUUAAGAAACAUGCACAUUAUGGUGUUCCUGUUUUGCAAUUUUCAAAAAACCAGUUUUCCACAGCUUCUUCAAAAUCUGGCCCAUUCUGAUACGUACUUGUUUUUCAAAUAUAUUUUGAUUCUGGCUUACUUCCCCUACCUUCUCUUUCUUUCAUCUUGGAUAAGUUUUUAUUUUAUGCCAAACUUUCUAGACACUGCACAUUGAAAGUCAUCUUAUACACCAGAUAUAUAAAAAUUUGAUGAUUAUUUGAAUGAAAUCUCAUAAUUCAUUCACUGUUCUUUUUGAUAAAGUACUAAUUCAAAAUUAUGUAGCACAGUACCUGAAAUUUACAUACUAGAAUCUUAAUCAUGGACUUAUUCAGUUCUAGCAUUGAAAUUGCCCUUAUACCUGGACAUUUUCCAUUUGACAGUUGUGAUAAAUAGCUGUUGAAAAUUGUUAUCUCUUAUUAAUCAAUAAUAUCAUUAAUGUAUAGAAAAUGAUGUAAAUAUUGGUAAAUGAAAUUAUAUUUCUUGUGGUAUAGUCUUAAGGAAAUGGCAUUCUUAUCAUCUAAUGCUUAAUCUGGAGUGAAAUGGUAUAUUUUAUCUUGGUUUCCAGCAUGUAAUAAGAAAAGUACUCAAGUCUUUCUGUUUCAUUCUUUAUAUUUAAAACAUAAGUUAUUGCUCAUAGUAUACAAACUGUGAAUGGGGAAAUUAUCAUGUUUAUAUUUCAACAUUUUAAAAGUGCCAAGUUUUAUGUGAAUAUCUCUGUAAUAUGCUAUAAACUGGGACUUGUUUUAUGUAUAAGUGUAUUUAAUUUUCUUUAUUGGAAUUGCUUUUUUUUUCUGUAGCUGUUAUUAAAUAUUAUUGCCUCCACAAA